AGAAGCACCCAGGCUGUGGGGAUUGGCUGGCCUGGCCCAGCCCAACCCAGCCUCCCACAGCCCUCCCUACAUCAGGGGCCAGGGGCAGAAACCUCUCAGAAGAAGGGGAGAGGAAGUUGUGUGGGACAAGCUGCUCCUGACAGAAUGCCACAGCUGAGCCUGUCCUCGCUGGGCCUCGGGCCGGUGGCAGUAUCCCCGUGGCUGCUCCUGCUGCUGAUCGGGGUCUCCUGGCUCCUGGCCCGUGUCCUGGCCUGGACCUACACCUUCUAUGACAACUGCCGUCGCCUCCGAUGUUUCCCGCAACCCCCGAAACGGAACUGGUUCUUGGGUCACCUGGGCUUGAUUCACAGCUCGGAGGAAGGUCUCCUAUACAUACAAAGCCUGGUGUGCACCUUUGGUGAUGUGUGCUGCUGGUGGGUGGGGCCCUGGCAUGCAAUCGUCCGCAUCUUCCACCCCACCUACAUCAAGCCUGUGCUCUUUGCUCCAGCCGACAUUGCACCAAAGGAUAAGGUCUUCUACAGCUUCCUGAAGCCCUGGCUGGGGGAUGGGCUCCUCCUAAGUGCUGGUGACAAGUGGAGCCGCCACCGUCGGAUGCUGACACCUGCCUUCCAUUUCAACAUCCUGAAGCCCUAUAUGAAGAUUUUCAAUGAGAGUGUGAACAUCAUGCAUGCCAAGUGGCAGCUCCUGGCCUCGGAGGGCAGUGCCCGUCUGGACAUGUUUGAGCACAUCAGCCUCAUGACCUUGGACAGUCUGCAGAAAUGUGUCUUCAGCUUUGACAGCCAUUGUCAGGAGAAGCCCAGUGAAUAUAUUGCCGCCAUCUUGGAGCUCAGUGCCCUUGUGGCAAAAAGACAUCAGCAGUUCUUCCUGUACAUAGACUUCCUGUAUUAUCUCACCCAUGAUGGGCAGCGUUUCCGCAGGGCCUGCCGCCUGGUGCACGACUUCACAGACGCCGUCAUCCAGGAGCGGCGCCGCACCCUCCCUAGCCAGGGUGUUGAUGACUUCCUCCAAGCCAAGGCCCAGUCCAAGACUUUGGACUUCAUUGAUGUGCUCCUGCUGAGCAAGGAUGAAGAUGGGAAGAAGUUGUCUGAUGAGGACAUAAGAGCAGAAGCUGACACAUUUAUGUUUGAGGGCCAUGACACCACGGCCAGUGGUCUCUCCUGGGUCCUGUACCACCUUGCAAAGCACCCGGAAUACCAGGAGCGCUGCCGGCAGGAGGUGCAAGAGCUUCUGAAGGACCAUGAGCCUAAAGAGAUUGAAUGGGACGACCUGGCCCAGCUGCCCUUCCUGACCAUGUGCAUCAAGGAGAGCCUGCGGUUGCAUCCCCCUGUUCCUGCCAUCUCCCGCUGCUGCACCCAAGACAUUGUGCUCCCAGACGGCCGGGUCAUCCCCAAAGGUGUUAUCUGCCACAUCAGUGUUCUCGGAACCCAUCACAACCCAGCUGUGUGGCCAGACCCUGAGGUCUACGACCCCUUUCGCUUUGACCCAGAGAACAUCAGGGAGAGGUCACCUCUGGCUUUUAUUCCCUUCUCGGCAGGACCCAGGAAUUGCAUCGGGCAGGCGUUCGCGAUGGCGGAGAUGAAGGUGGUCCUGGCGCUCACGCUGCUGCGCUUCCGAGUCCUGCCGGACCACACGGAGCCGCGCAGGAAGCCGGAGCUGGUUCUGCGAGCAGAGGGCGGACUUUGGCUGGGGGUGGAGCCCCUGAACUGAGUUCUGCAGAGACUCACUCUGACCCCAUUAAAAUGACCCCUGAUUCAUCUAAAGUGAAGCAUAGAAUUACCCUAUGACCCUAUUCCACAAUCCUGUAUUGCAUCCUAGAUAUCUAUUCAAAAUAAUUGAGACAGGUGUUCAAACAAAAAGGCGCUUGUGCAUGAAUGUUCAUGGCAGCCUUAUUCACAGUGGUCAAACGAUGAAAACAACCCCAAGGUGUGUAUUACCAGAUGAAAGGAUAAACAAAAUGUGGUCCAUCCAUACAAUGGAAUAUUACACAGCCAUAAAAAGGAAUGAAGCAGUGAUCCCUACUACACUGUGGAUGAACCUUGAAUACAUGAUACUGAGUGAAAGACAUCAGAUGCAAAAGGUCACACAGUGUGCGGUCCUUUUAUAUGAAAUUUCCAGAACAGGCCAAUCUGAAGAGAUGUAUAGCAGAUUGGUGGCUUUCAGCAGCUGUGGGAAGGUGGGACUGAGGAGCGACUGCUAAUGAGGAUGGGGUUUCCUCCUGGGAUGGUGAAAAUGUUCCGGACCUAGAUAGUGACGAAGGUAGCACGACAUUGUGAGUGCACUAAAUGCUGUUGAAUUGGACACUUUAGAAUGGUUGAAAUGGUGAUUUUCAUGUGAAUUCUACCUAAAAAUGCUAUUGUAGCUCAUAUAUUCUUUUUUCUAUCUGGAUUAUUCACACAGCAAUAUGUUGUGAGCAUCUUUCCAUGCCGUUAAAUCAUCUUAGGAAACAUUAUUUUGUGUUCUUCAAAAUGUGUAUGUUAAAUAUUCAAAUCAGUCUUAAAUGUUUUAAAAGAUGUAAUUUUAGAAAAUAAUGUAAAAGGGUUUUGUCUCA